AUGCCCCGCCCCGGACACCCCCGCCCAUCAUCUGGGCCCCCACGCUUGGGACCCUGGGAGCGCCCAUCAGAGCUGUGUCUGGAGGCAUAUGAGGAGCCACCCCGGCACCCACCAAGCCGCCGCACCCGCAAGGCAGACCCCAAGGACCCUGGCCACCACGGGCCCGAGAGCUUUACCUUCAUUUCCGGUUCUGCUGAGCCAGCCACUGAGCCCCCGGCCUGCUGCCCGCUCUGGCGACCCUGGGUGUGGGACUGGUGCCGGGCUGCUUUCUGCGUCCGCCGCUGCUGGGAUUGCCUCCAGCGCUGCGGAGCCUGUGUUCGAGGCUGCAGCCCCUGUUUGUCCGCUGGGGACUCCACCGAGGGGGCCACAGAAGCCGACUGGGCCAAAGAGCACAACGGAGUGCCUCCCAGCCCCGACCGGGCACCCCCCAGUCGGCGGGAUGGCCCGAGGCUCAAAUCAAACACGGGUAGCAGCUUCAGCUACCCAGACGUCAAGCUCAAGGGCAUCCCAGUAUACCCCUGCCGCAGCGCCACCUCCCCGGCCCCCGACGCGGACUCCUGCUGCAAGGAGCCGCUGGCCGCGCCCCCACCCAUGCGGCACAGCCUGCCUAGCGCCCUUGCGAGCAGCCCCCGCGGCUCUGAGGAGUACUACUCCUUCCACGAGUCGGACCUGGACCUGCCCGAGAUGGGCAGCGGCUCCAUGUCGAGCCGGGAGAUCGAUGUGCUCAUCUUUAAGAAGCUGACGGAGCUGUUCAGCGUGCAUCAGAUCGACGAGCUGGCCAAGUGCACAUCAGACACUGUGUUCCUGGAGAAGACCAGCAAGAUCUCCGACCUCAUCAGCAGCAUCACCCAGGAUUACCAUCUCGAUGAACAGGAUGCCGAGGGGCGCCUGGUGCGGGGCAUCAUCCGCAUCAGUACCCGCAAGAGCCGCGCCCGUCCGCAGACCACGGAGAGGCGGUCCUCGCGAUCGACUGCCCUUGCCGCUGCGGCCCCAGACAGUGGCCAUGAGACCAUGGUGGGCUCAGGGCUAAGCCAGGAUGAACUGACGGUGCAGAUCUCCCAGGAGACCACUGCAGAUGCCAUUGCCCGGAAGCUGAGGCCUUAUGGAACCCCAGGAUACCCGGCCAGCCAUGACUCGUCCUUCCAGGGCACAGACACAGACUCAUCAGGGGCACCCUUGCUCCAGGUGUACUGCUGACCCCUGCGGCCCCAACACUUCUGAGCACAGCCUCCUGAAUGAA